AUGUUGCCUCCUGUUCCAAAUGUAGUGGGAAACCUGGCAUGGUUAAUCGACAACUUUGGCGUUGCAAUGUGGAAAGAAUGCAACAUCAACCUGGCAUGCAGAUCCAAGAGCUUCCCACCACAGAUUCUCCAGGCUCCACCUCGAAUCCUUCCAAAGCUGUCAGAGGUUGAGGAGGAGGAGGCAUUGGUCAGGUUUCGCUACUGGGUUUCCUUGCUUGUGCUGUCGCCAUAUGUCAUGGCGUGCCUUUGUGAAGCAGUACGCUUUGUCACCGUGUUUUACAAAAGCAACAUAUCCUGCCGCCAAGACCGCUACGUCCGUUUGUCAUCUUUAUCAUCUGAGCCCGCACGAGACUCUGAAAGGGAAGAUGUCGGCAACGGACGAAGCCUUUGCCUUACUUUGUUUGUGAUCUUCCACCACCUCACUUGUGCCAGUAUAGUGGCUGUUGCCCUUAAAUUUGGCUGGCUUUCAAGCGAAGGCGGUGGCUUAGCAUGGGAGCUGUGGGCACUUGGGCAACACCUUGGCCUUUGGACUCUGUUUGUGCAGAACUUGGUGAGAUGUUGGAGGUGUGAUGCUUUGAACGACUUGAGUUGA